UCGUGCGCCGUGUCAGUUGUGAUCUGCAUUUCGCGGCGCAGAGGUCAGUGGAGAGAGCUAGAUAUUUCUCGAGAGAGAAGGACAAGAAAAGGCAACAUGGCGAUAGAAAAGAAAGUUGAAACUCCGUUGUCAUCGUCGUUUUUCAAGGAAAUAAACGGCCUUCCAGUUAUCCAAGUCGCCGGUGACAUUUAUUCCAGUGCAAAGAAACGUUACUGGCUUCUAAGCACUGGGCUGACGGCCGCGGAACAUGGACUGUCCGGUCUGUUCGGACGACUUUCCUACACGCUUGGUAUCGCCCAGCGAGUGGAUGAAUUGGCAGGAGAAAGUGUGUGUCGGCUGAAGGAGAAAUAUCCCAGCCUGCACCAGUCACCGGAAGAGUUGAAGUCAAAGGCGUCGAGCAGCUUCCGGUCAGCGGUCAGGUUUGCGGUGAAGACGCCGCCAGGCCGACUGCUCGUCAGCGGUCUUGACUUAGUUAUCGGAGCUACAGAUUCCGCCGCAGCCCUCUUGAACACUAGGGACAAGUGGGACAGAAAGUGCAGUCCGCGACCAAUUGAUGAUCAAAAAGAUGAACUUUCCGAUGAAGGGGGUGCUGAAAAAAAACCGUCGGACAAAAGUUUACAAACCUCGCCGGCCUUUCCAAAGAGCGUAGUUUUCAAUAUAAGGUGUUACGUUCGGGAUUUCCUGACAUAUGUGGUAAACCGCUUGAAGUACGUGCGCCGCUACAUUUGUGGCCGUAAGAAGCGGAUCAGCAGGGGGUCCAUGUCCCCAGACAAGGAGAGGGAAAUCGAGGCUAGGCGGAAGGUGUCCCCCCGGAAGAAGGUCUCCGCCUCCCUGCUCGGACGACUGACCCAGAAGACGUUCCGCCUGCUGGGGCUAGAUUCCACCGGACGCAUUGGACUCGACGGUAAAAGUUCCCUGGUGGCCGGAAGUGCAGACGCAGAGAAGAAGCGGAAGCACGACGAGAUCGUGUCUGAAGACGGCAGCGACGACGACCUGGCAAACUUCGACUACGACAACUACAACUCUGAAGACGACCCGGACUACGAGCCGACCCAAACAGAAGAGACAGACGAGACGCUGUCUGACCUUUCAGCAGAGAGUGACCUUGAAGUUGAGGAAAAAGAUGGAAACUUUCAACUUAAAGAGAAAACAGAGCAAAAACGAGAGAGCGAUGAAGAGGCGCCGUACCCUAAACCAGAAGACGACGAGCGUGUUCAACCCGACUGUGAGCAGAUACGUAUGGGUUAGCAGUAUGUUCCACUGUUCGUGUGCUGACUAAACAACCGUGAUCUCGUGAACUUUUUUCAAUGCGUGCUUUAUUUUGGAAUCAUAUGUUUGAUAACUCGUGUAAUGUGCUAUCUGUGUUCUAAAAUAUUUUGGAUUCAGUACAUACUGUUCGGGUGUACAUUUGGACACGUUAUAACAAUAUUUUCAGCUUGUUUGCGCAAUAUAAUAUGUAAAAGUUUACCUACAAAUUUUUCCCAAUAUGCGAAUAAACACGUAAAACUAA